CAAACGCUCCGGCUCAUUCAUGCCUUCAUGGCCUCUGAGUCUGACCCAUCCUCUCUUCGUUUUAUUUUUUGGCUUGGCGCUUUGCCAGUUCAAAGCGGCCUUGCUUAGGCACUAAUCCUUCCACGACGAAUCCCAAUCCAUUUUAAAAAAUUCAAGAGACAUUCCUGCGGCGCCGUGCGGUCGUGCCUGACUGAUCCUCUUGUUCUUGUUUGUGAGACCAAGCGAUUGGUAGGAAAAGUCGAGCGAAAGAGAGAGCGGGGAGGAAAUCUGCGUUGGCGCUGACGAACCUGGUGACGACCGUUCUUCCCCGCCUCCGCGUGUUAGGUUGCUCACGCGAUUUCACUGCUACAGCUGCUGCGCUGGCUCCUAGCAUGCUGCUGCUGCUUCUUGCCACUGCUUGAGGCCUCGAGGGUUCCGCGUGUACUCGGCCCGGCUAGCUGCGUGAUUCUUCUCAAGUUCUCAUCCGAAUCCUAGAUUGGCUUUGGCUGCUGAGGUUUUGGGGAAGUGCUUUGCUUCUUGCAGGCUUGUCCGAGCUGAAUCUCGCCUCGAGUUUUAGUUAGCCGUCUUCGGAUCUUCCCCUUCUUUAUCUGGUGGGGGCCCUUCGCCAUUUGGGGAGUUAAUCCCAACUGGGAUUUCGUCGGCUCUUGAGUUCCUCGGUUCCGCAAGUUCUGGUGAGAGAUUGCUCCAUCAUUUGGUAUGGUGGAGUUCUCGUCUGCUGCUCCUCUCUUCCUCCAUUAUUGUACCAAAUCCUAUUAGAGUGUUUCGCGUAAUGUCUUUGAUCUCUUCUCCCAGCCUUGGGCCUCUUUGUAUCCAUCCAAUUGCUACCUGGUAAACAUUGUUAAGCAUUAAUGGAGCAGAUUUGCAAUUAGCACUAUAUUAGCAGCUACAUUGUGGAGCAUGUUCCUUCUUUUAUGACCACCUUGCUGACUGUAACAAUCUAUGCUUGAUUUACCAGGAUGCGCUGUGAUUCGUUGGCACAUGGUGAGCUUCUGAUGUCAAUUAGGAUUAAACAUGUUUCUCUGCUGUGCUCAAGUGGGAGAACAAGAAAUCAGCCUUCACGGUAGUUAUUUGUCACAAUUCGCAAGCAGAAAAUGCACCCAUAUUCACUUAAGAGUUCCAAGGGAGCACCAAUCCUGCCGCGAUCGGUCUUUGUUUUCUUUGUUGCAUUAUGUGGAUUCUAUGUCUGCUACCUCUCCUUCAAUCAGAUAACACUAGAAAACAGAAGAGAAGGGUAUAAUGGAGAAGAACAAAGAGCAAAUAUUUGCAGAAAGCCUUCUGUGCCAUAUGAGGAGCUCCGUUACGUGCACUUUCCAAAACCUACAAGUUAUAGCAGGGGGGAAUGCUCGUGUACUCCUGUUCGAUUCUUUGUAAUUGUGUCUAUGCAAAGAUCGGGAAGUGGAUGGUUCGAGACCUUGCUAAAUAGUCACCCUAACAUUAGUUCAAACGGAGAAAUCUUUAACAGAGUGGAUAGAAGAGAAAAUAUAUCAUCUAUCUUACAAACACUUAACAAACUUUAUAAUUUGGACUGGCUCACCAGUGCAGCGAAGAAUGAGUGCACAGCUGCAUUUGGACUGAAAUGGAUGCUUAAUCAGGGAAUUUUGGAAAAUCAUGAUGACAUAGUUAGUUAUUUGAACAAGAAGGGUGUCUCCGUAAUAUUUCUGUUCAGGAGAAACACAUUGCGCAGGGUUAUAUCUGUGUUGGCCAAUGACUAUGACAAAGACGCUAAGCAGUUGAAUGGAACUCACAAAUCUCAUGUUCACUCAAAAGAAGAGGCUGAGAUAUUAGCAAAAUUCAAACCAAAGCUGGAUACAUGGACUCUGAUCGCAAAUAUCAGAAACAUUGAGAAGGUCAUCAAAGAUUGCUUGGAUCACUUCAAGAGUACACGGCACAUGAUCCUCUAUUACGAGGAUAUAAUCGGCAAUAGCAAUGCACUUUCCCAGGUGCAGGAGUUUCUGAGAGUUCCGGUGAGGCCACUGAUGAGCAGGCAGGUGAAAAUUCACACGAGGCCACUGCCAGACCUCGUGAAGAACUGGGAGGACGUGAGCAGCAAACUGAACGGCACAGAGUUUGCUCACUUCCUUGAUGGUUCAGAUUACGGCAAGUGAGAUAUACACAUACUGAUGGGAGCAACCGGUUAUUCGUAUUUGGAGUUAUAGUUGCAAACAUGCUCAUGAUUCUUUUGUACAGAUGAAUUUGUAAAGAGCAAGGAAUAAAGAUCGGAGAUGAGUUGUAGAAAAUUUUCCUGUUUUGCCCCUUUCUUUAAUGUUACGAUGACCAUUCAGAUUGUUCAGAAUGUAGCUAAAACAGCUGGCAUUUGAUUAUGGCAGUGGCAGUUUU